GCACAUGGCUAGGUGGGUGGUGGUGAGUGUGGGAGGUUGAAAUGAAAGCCCACUGCACAGUCACAUGGCCGCUCAGCAUCACAGAGAGUGUUUGCACAUUGGCAAGAUGUCGCCAAGAGAUCUGGAUUAGAUCACAUUUUCCCUUCAGCCGCUAUUUACCAAGAGGGUUUUCAUCUAUAUUUUAGCUGUCUAUUUACCACCACAAACGCACGACUAUGUGAUCAUGCUCUCCGUAGCCGACGUGAGUAAGACCUUGAAACAGGUCAACAUUCCCAAGGCUGCAGGAACAGACGGAUUACCAGGAUGUGAAUCCGAGCAUUUCCCACCUGGACAAAAGGAAAACCUACCUUUUCUAUUUAUUUACCUUGUUUUUUUUUGUUUUGCUUCAGUUUAUUUUGUGGAUCCUCCUGAGAACAUUGGGAUUGAUGACCCUGGCCACCUCGGGCUGCUCUACAUCCACUGGACGGCUCCAGCCAGCCUGACCAACUUGACUGCCUGCUCCAUGAGAUACCAUCUGGAGUACUUCAACACAUAUCAGAGCAGAUGGACUGUGAUCAGGACUGUACGGACAUGGUACCGUGCUCAGUUUGACCUGGAGAAGGAGGUCAGGGUGCGGAUUUCCACCUUACUGAAGGGAGCCUGCACCAACGGCACUGAGCUCAAGAGCCCCUUCACACAGAUGGUUCUGCCACCCAAUAACACAGGCCCAGUUGGCUCCAGGGUCCAGGGGUUUGGUUGUGUGUUUUAUCAGAAGGAGUUCAUGGAGUGCACCUGGGAGACGGGCUUGGAGGAGCCAACCCAAUCCCAGUACAGCCUGUACUUUUGGCAUCGGGAGAUGGAGCAAGCUGAGGAGUGUCCUCAGUACAUCCACUCCAAUGGGGUCAGGACUGGCUGCAAAUUCACAGAGGAAUCUCUCUCAGAAUUCAGUGAUUUCAACAUAUGCAUAAACAGCUCCUCUCCCAAGGUGGUCUUGAGGUCGGCGUUCUUCUCCCUGCAAAUUCAGAAUUAUGUGAAACCUGCAGCCAUUGAGACAGUGCAUCUGGAAGCUAGUCCAGACAGGAGGCUCCAGGUGCAGUGGGACUUGCCCAACGAGAGGAUUCCCAGCCACUGCCUUGAGUAUGAAGUGGAAGCCAGAGAGGAGGGCGUAGGCGGGCAGCCGUUGUUGCAGAGGAACGUAACCAAUGAGAUGACGCUGACUUCCCUUUCAAUGGAUGGUGCCCGGAGGAAGUGCUUCCGGGUCAGGUCUAGGAUGCACCACUACUGUGCUGACAGAGGCUUAUGGAGUGACUGGAGCCAUUGGUCCUGUCACUCAGAUACAGAGUCAGAUGCUGUGGUGGGCUGUGCCGUGGUCAUCGGGAUCAUCAUCUCUAUGUUGAUCCUGUCUCUGUUUGGGUGGGCACUAUGGAGAAAGUGGAAAGCCAGAGAGGGGGAAAUGAUGCCUUUCGGUCCCCUACACAAACUGAUGGAAUAUUCCAAAGGACUCUCUGCUCGCAGUCAUUUCAAUAAAACAAGAGAGAACCAGUAGUAUUAUCUUUGGGCAGACAAAUGAUAAAGAGAUCAGAGUUAGACUGGUCUUCUCACUUAUUUGAAGCACCCAUGAAGACACCCAUGCACAGACACAACAUGAGGAUGAGACAGCAAAGCUCUGUGUAAUUUCAUAUUCAAGACAGAAUUGUAUGGACUUGUAUGCUGAUAUUCAUCUCUUAUGUAUCGAUAUGUUACUCAGUAGAAUAGGAAGUGUUCUUACCAAACCAUUUACGGAAUGUAAAACUCCCGGUUUUACGUUACACAGUAUAGACUUAAGAAAUGCCAUAGCUCUUUCCGGUUGGUUUACUUUCCACAUGUCUUUCAUUUAUAUCACAAAUUAUACUUACUGGAGUCGGUUUUUGUAGUUUUAGUUUGAUGCCAUUGCUUCCAGUCAAAUGUAUCUUUUAAGUGCUUUGCAUAGAAUUCCCCAGCCUGUUAAAAUGGAAUGCAUUGGAUGGUGUUGAACUAAUGCUAUGUUUAAUACAUUUAUUUACUGCUCUAUAGCUAUAAGUCACUAUAAGUUGUUUGGUAUUUUGUUUACAGUAUUGUAUUUGCAGUGAUUGAUGUUUCAGAGGUCUUGAAAUGUAUGUUAUUUGGCACCAUCAUGUGGCCGGUCAGGACGACUGUCCUCCAAGUGUAUAUUGUUUGCUCUUGCAAUGAAGUGUUGCUGAACUGUCUUAUGGAUGUAUUUAUAUCAUGAGCAUGGAGAAAUUGUAAAAGCAAUGGAAGUUGUCUUGACUUUGAUACAGAGGAAGACAAAAGUCCAUCAUCUCAGACUGUCCCAUGUGCCCAUGCAAAUCCAGAUCCUGACCUGGAGUCGUUCCCAGAGGGAGGGUUUUUGUCCUGGCAGCCACCUGGUGUAAUGGAUCAAUCUUCGGCACUCAGAGGUCUUUUGGAAUCAUACAUAUAUGCUAGUUAAUGCUCAUCAGAACUCAAAUAAUGACAUUUCUACAUUUGCAAUAGGUGAAAGGUCAGUUUUGCUUGGGUAUCUAUUGUUCAGACAACGCUGUGAGUAGAUGAUCGGUUUUGAUUUGUUCAGACAUUGAUGAGGCAUGAUGCCAGUGGGGCCACUCUGCUUGACGCAGAUGAUUGGACAAGCACAAACACACAUGCACAAACACACAAUCAUGUUCAUACUUGCUUCUCCCACAAAAUACCUCAUAACUGUACGGCUGUAUUACCCUAUAAAUAAGAAAUUGGAGGAUCGUCACCCCCCUUCUCUCUUCUCUUCUCAACCUGGGUUGGUGCUUUGGCCAUUGGGUAUGAUCUGUCUCUGCCUCCCCCUGGUGGUGGUGGAAAAAAUAUGCAAUUGGCACACUUGAGUAAAAGUAAAGAUACCUUAAUAGAAAAUGACUCAGUGAAAGUCACCCAGUAAAAUACUACUUGAGUAAAAGUCUAAAAGUAUUUGGUUUUAAAUAUACUUAGGUAUAAAAAGUAAAAGUAUUAAUUGUUUCUAAUUCUGUAAAGUACAAAUACCCCCCCAAAAUACUUAAGUAGUACUUUAACGUAUUUGUACUUUACACUGCUGCCUCCUGGUCAGCAUGUCCACAGAUCACUUCGACUGCAGGGUGACUUUUUUUGGACAAUUACGAUCACCAUGUAAUUUUAGGAGAAUUCUAGUCUAACCAUAUUUUCUCUCAUAAAUUAUUGCACAGGAAAACUGGUUAAUCUGCAAAUCCAAGGGAUAUAAUUGUCAUUUAUUUUCAAGAAUUCAAUCAAAUCUAUUCACAAUUUUUUUUACAUUAAUUUGAUGUAAUAAAUACUAAACAUCU